AUGAACGGACAGAACUUGAUAAGGUAUAAUAAUAAUCUUAGAGUGUGGACGCUGUCUAACUCUCUUGCCCAUAUAUAUUCGUUUACACAGACGGAGUGCAUCGGUUCAGGAGCUGGCUACUUCACGUCGAAAUUCUCUAUUUCCGAGGAAAGCAUAAAAUUUAUUUGUCCUCGAGCCAUCGAGUCUGUCAAGUCCAUUCCCGUGAAGGUCGGUGAUACAUUCACCAUCACUGAUUAUGGUUGUGCAGAUGGAGGCACCUCCAUGCCACUGAUGUACGCAUGCGUAAAAGAACUGAGGAGCUUGUAUGGGAAUGAGUUAGAGGUGCAAAUUAAUUACGAGGACAAACCAGAAAGUGACUUUAAGUCGCUCUUUUAUUUUCUUCAAGGUUUACUUCCAGCUCCAUCCAGCUACCUCACCGAUUUCCCAAAUGUUUUUGUGUCUGCGACGGGAACCAACUUCUACGAUCAGUGUUUUCCCAGUGGGUCUGUAAACUUUGGGUUUUCCUGCAUGGCGGCUCAUUGGCUGAGCCAAAAGCCCUGCAACUUAACAAAAGCAGUGCUGCACAGUUUCUCUGAAGAUCCGGAUGAGAGAAACGAGUUUAGUGUACAAGCCGAGAAGGACUGGGAAAGGUUUCUGCUGAUGAGAGCAAGAGAACUAUCUAUAGGUGGAAAGCUGGUGCUCAUUAUGUUUAUGCGGGAUGAUGAAGAUGGUUACAAUGAUGUUGAUGGGGGUACUUCGCAAUUUCCACUCUACAGUGGACUGUACAGGGUGUUGGAAAGCAUGACAAGAGAUGACAUCAUCACAGAGGAUGAGAUGAAGGAAAUGACAAUCCCCGAAUACUACCGAACGCGGAAGGAACUGAUUAAGCCAUUCAUGUCAGAUGAAUCGCCAGUCAGAAAAGCAGGUCUGACCCUUGUCUCUGUGGAGUCAAAGGAAUUUCUAUUGCCAGAAACGAAGCUAUGGCGAGAAACUGGAGAUGAAAAGCGAGUCUCGAGAAUGCUGACCGAACAAACACGCGCGUGGAGCAAUUUUAUGCUUUUAUCAGCUCUGAACGGCAAGCGUUCCAGCCAGGAGAAAGCAGACAUUGUGAACGAGUUUUUUGAACGUUUGGAAUCCGAGAUACUGCGUUCCCCAGAGGAUUAUUUGGCCAGUUUUUGGAGUACAUUUUUAGUUAUUGACAAAUCAAAAAACUGAUAUACACGUCUUUAGAGUAAUUGUGAAUUUGGGUACGGUUUAAUAUAUAAAUGAGCGUAUCUAAUGAGCUCAUUAUUUUCAAGGAGUAUUCAAAAGCAAUGUAAACGGUGUGACUACAAGUGUAUAAGGUCGUAUAAAAAUGUGCCGGAUCUAGGGUGAGGAAUAAAGUCUCUGUACAAGAUAUUGUAAGUGCAAACUGCUUUAUGUAAUAAAUCUGUUUGUUGUUGUCUAUGAUCUUGAGUCUUGUCUACGA